AUGCUAUGCACCUCAUGUGGCUUUCCAACAUCGACACAAGAUUCCGGCUCCCCUGGAGCAAAGGCGGCGGUGGCGGAUCGCCGUCGCGAGCAGAAUCGUCGGGCACAGCAGCGAUUCAGACAAAAACACCGUGAACGAAAAGCCGCCCCAGAGCAAGAUCAAUCGCAUCCGCAAAACCGCGCGUCAAAUGCCCUAGACGACAUCAGUCCAAUAGCGUCCAGCGCAUUGACACCAGUCACACCACCCAGUACAAUGUGUGCGAGUCGCGGGAAAUCCUCGAUAGGCCGUUACGAGGAAAGUCGAGGGGAUAACGUGAUUGAUUAUGAUUUCUUUUUGGAUCCCAACGAUCGCUGCGAGAUGAACCAAGGCGCGCACGACUUUUGGACAUCGACCUUGAAAGAGACGUCUCCCUUUGCUGCUACUGCCCUUGUACUCCCUUCGGAGCUGAAAGACUGCCGAGGACAUCAUACAACAAAGAACCGGGGUGAUUCUGUCGAUAACAACGAAAGUGGCAGAGUGCCAACAGAACCGACCGUGCUUCAUCGAGCAGUGCAGACUGGAAAUAGCAAAGUUGUACGCCUUUUACUCGAGCAUAACGCAGAGUGCAACUCAAAGGACAACGCUGGUCUGACACCUCUGAUGUGUGCGGUAAUCGGGGGCCAUGAAGAAGUAUUAGAAAUAUUGCUAUCACAUGGGGCCAAUAUAGGACAUGUUGAUAAUGCUCAUUGGUCGGCCCUUCACUGGGCUGUGUUCCAUAAUCGUCACAGGAUACUGGAACGGCUUUUGAGCUGUUGCGGUGGGGAUGCUUCGUUGCUCAACAUACGAAACAAGGACAGAGAAACACCGCUAUCAGUCGCGGUUGGCGCGGGAAGUGAGGUGGCUGUGAAGCUUCUACUAGAAUUUGGGGCCACGGUCAACGUAGAGUGA